AUGAACGACCCUCUCCGAUCCGGGCUUCAGCCAAUAUCCCACCUCAAGGCUGGGCCGACAACCUCUAGCUCCAGAUCCACCGCGCUGCCCUCCGCGACGACAGUGCAGCCUCCUUCGCGUCCGUCCUCUCGACUCCGAACACAAAAGACCAGCAAGGAUGAACUAGCGGAUGCUACCAGUGAUAGAGCAACAACUGCCCUGAUCCGACGCGUCCUGUGCCCCCAGACAAGCAGCUAUGGGGCAUCCUCUCCACAGCCUCCGGAAGAGCUGUUACCUCCCCUCACGAGCUCCAACGACGUUGACCGCCAGCUGUACGCCCUCCUCGCUAUAAUAAUCAAAGAAUUCGUCUAUUCGUGGUACGCGAAAAUCACCCCCGACCAGGCUCUUGUGAAUGAAGUGCUCCAAGUCAUCGCUCAUUGUACACGUGCUCUGGAGCAAAGACUACGCCAAAUCGAUGUCGCACAAUUAGCCCUGGAUGAGAUCUCCGGACUGGUGGAAGCACAUGUACUCUCAUACAGACUGGCCAAGCAACGGUCGCAUCUCUCAGGACUACCGACGUCGUACCGUGCGCUUUAUCAUGAGCUAAAUCCACACCCUGGUCUUUCUCCGGUGCCUGAUCAGACAGAUCCAGACACGAUUACGGAGCAGAGUGACAACGAAACAGUGUAUCGGCGGCUCCUGGCCAAUGGUGCCCUGGCAGUUCUCCUCCCAACCGAGGAUCUCGAAAACAGCAGUCUCCGAGCGCUGGUCGUUGAUGUCAUCGCAGAUCUGAUUCUGGGAAACCAAAUCAGUGGCAGAGCAUGCGAAGGGUGGUUCAUCUGGGAAACUGUAACCAAACUUGCCACGAGAGUGGGACAACGUCAAACCUCAGACGAUGCAAAGUCGGCCCCGGACUCUCAAAUCAACCGAUUAGAGAAGUUUGGCUUACUAUCAAAUGAAGACAAGUCCGCGAAUCAGCCAUCGGCGUCAUUCUCAGCCACAGCCUGGAUAUGGAAUGUUCUGCAGACCAUUUAUCUUGGUUACGUCGCUUUGCGUUUCAUUGCCAUAGGCCUGUUCCGUGUCGCAUCGAGUCCAGGCCCGUCCUCGCACGGUUUCAAUGUUUCAGUUGCCUCUUCGACAGCUAUUAAUCAGAAAAUAAAUGGGAUGGGCUCAGACGGUGUCACGGGGAAGCGCCCGGUUCUCGACUACCGGAUGUAUUCCAUGGUCUCAGAGACUUUGGGAAUCCCCUGGAGGAUGCCAUGGCUGAGUGGGCUGUUCGCUCUGGCCCAGCAUCUGAUUCUGGCAGGCCCUGGCAGGGUUGGUGGUACCGACGGAGUCCUUGAUAGAUUCAUUCGGGAAACCAUUGAGGAAUACGUGCUGACCCCCACUUUGUUGCCCAACCUUCUUCUUGCGACAAGGACCGCCUUGUUCCCGGCCAAUACCCGCCCGUCAUCUCAGAUAGCGGUCGUGAAUAUUGGAGAGCCGGCUUCGGCUCCGCCACAGGCCUCGGCGCCCAGUCAGAAAUCCCUCGCAACCACCGCCUCACCUAGCCCCCCCAUUACGGAAGGAGUUAGGGGACCUGCAGCAAGCGAUACCAUUGGUAAAAGUAUCGAACCCGCAAGCAACAGCAAUAGUGGCGGCAGUGGCGGGGGUCCAACCUCAACGACAGCCUCAGCCCGCCCAGCGUCACUUUCUUCCAUUGCAGCCGAUGCCCCAACAACAGCAUCGACACACGUGCCGGCUGAGCCGGAGAAAAGGAACACUCCAUCUGAGACGGAGAUCGCCGCUAUCAAGCGGCGAUGUGCAGCUAGUCUACUGGCCUUGAUUCCGCGCAGCCUCGCACGAACCUUCUUUGGUGUUUCCUCGUCGGCCCCUCCGCCCUGUAGCGGUGAUCGUACCUGCAGUACCAGCACUUCGCUAUCCCAACCACCUUCCAGGACGAAUGGUGGGGACCAGCCCCGACCUGCGGUUCAGGGGAAGGAAUCAACCCUGUCGUCAUCGCCUUCGCUUUCGGCUUCAUCUCCAGCCCUGCCUGAGGGGAGUGGUCACCUUGCCGCUGAGCGGCUGCGCACAGAUGACGAUCCGUCUGGCAUUGAUCUAGAGGAUGAGUACCUCCUGGAUACAAUUGAGAAUGAUAUCCUGGACGUUUUUGCGGAUGAGUACUGCAACAAACAUCUAAUCUACUCCAUUAUUGAGAUUGUGCUCGCAAAGGUCCUCCCUGAGGUAUCUGAGCACAGCGUGGAAGAUCUACUGGAGGACCGUGGGGUGGCGUCAGCACCACCUGCAUUCUAG